AUGGCUGGGAAAUUUAACGUCAAGUUCUACCCGUUCAAUUCUGAAAUGGACAGUGUCAGCUUUGAGGAGUCCUUGGAUCCUUACUCGGCGUUCCGUAAAGCAUCUGAGGACUCCACAGUACCCGAUCAACCUCUCUGGGGUAUCUUGGUAUGGCAGGUCGUCGGCAUCUUCCUGCUGGGAUUCAUAUUUGUUUGUGAGUUGUUGUUUUUUUUUAAUUAGAGUCACUGUUAUUAUACCCAGACAGAUAAGAUGUCAUAUAGCCAUAUUUCGUUAAAGGUUUUUUUACAUCUUUUUUUUUGUCUGAUUUGAAUUGUGACCCAGCUGCAAGGCGGUAAGAGCUCUACAAGGCGAUGAAAUUAGACUUUCAAAAAAGUCGUUCGUCGGAUUUAAUAUGGGGCGAGACGAAGAAAAAGCGCCCUGGGGACGAGAUUUCGGUACCCAUGGUCCCGAGGAUAAACGUUGAAGCGGUGUAUGACGAGGACAAUUAUUUUCCAAAGGAAAACUUCGAAUUUUCUAAUGGUUCGUUUUAAUCCAACUUCCCUGUUUUUUCAAUAAGGGUGUUUUCUAUUACCUAUAUGUUUGCUCUGCAUUAUAGCGGGGCUCCCACGCGCGCGAAGCGCGCGUGGGACAGAGCCCCAUACCCAUAGAUUAUGGUCAACCUCUUUUCCUUUGGUUGUCACGUGAUUGACCGAGCAUACGUACGUACGCGUCUACGGAUUGUACAGGUGGGGUAGGGGAGACUAUCAAAAGGAAGGGAGGGGCGUCUCAGGCGUGUCUUGCCAAGUCCACAUCUUUUACAUUGGACAUUCACAAUAUGGUCAAUUGAUAGCUGUCAAAACAGGAUAGCCACUGACCAGUGACCAGUGACCAUAUCGCGGGCUCAUGUGUCAACUCAUUGAGGUGACGUGGUUUAUUUGGAAGCUGUCCGCUGACCAGUUAAUUAUUUUACUAGAUCGCGAUCAAUGUUCAGUCUCAUACUUUCUAGCUAGUUUGGGAUCGGAGCACAGGAAAACUGAUACACGUCAAUGUUGUGAUCCAUUGACAGCUGUCAAAACAAGGUAUCCGCUGACCAGUAUCACUUGACUGUAUCGCGGGCUCAGGUGUCGACCCAUCGAGGUCAAGUGUUUUUUUUAAGUUAUCCGCUGAUAAGGUACUGGUUUUCAAAUGAUCGCAUGCUCAAGUGGACAGAAUUGUGCCACUUGUCCAUACAUUACUAACAGCCUUACAAGUUAUACCUUUUACGCUAAAAAUGAAAAACGCUCCAUCACUCAAAAAUGUUAUCUACAUGGUUCAAUGUAACCGUUGUAAUUUGCAAUAUAUAGGUGAAACUAAGCGACGUCUCAAGGACAGAUUUAACGAACACAGACGUGCAGUCGACAAAACUAACAUUAAAUCUAAACCCACUACUGUUUCUGAACACUUUCUCUCUCACUCUAACCAUUCUCAUACUGACAUGCAGUUAAUCCCACCAGAGAAAAUUCAUUCUUCACGUGACUCAGUUCGUAAGGCCAGGGAGUCGCAUUUGAUAGAUAAGGCCAUGACUCUUGAACCUCAUGGCCUAAACCGCCGUGACGAAUUAUUGUAAUCCAUAUCCUUAGUAUUUUUCCUUUCCAGUUUUUAUGUUGUACGUCAUUUCCGCCUCUCCCUUUUAUUGCGACAUUCUCCAUCUAUAUAAUAUUGUGAUUGCUAUAUAAGUUCAGUAACAUCUGUAAACCUGAAGAAGGCUGGUAUGGCCAGCCGAAAUAUUGUUAUAAAAAACAAUACACGUUGUUUUAAAUCACUUUUGCUGUAGUCUUCGGACUUCUCGUUCUUGUUUUUUUAUACUUAGUUUGUUCAUUUACCUUUAAAUUCCCGGUAGUAGCCAGUAAAUUUUUCUUGAGAUAUAGAGGUGGAAUUUUUUUGUAAUGCCAGGAGCCCAUCAUGGGCUCCUGGUAAUGCCCUGUACCUUAAGGCCGCCUCAAAAAUUCCAAAAUAUUCCGGGAAUUGCUGGGAAUUCAAUACAUUUUUUCUUUACAUCAUGUAAAUAAACCUGGCAAGUUUCAGCGCGGUAUUAUAAAUCGUCAUCUUUUUACAUCGAUUUGUUUUCAGUGCGGUCAAACAAAGCCGCAAAAUUGCCCUUAAUUCGCCGCUAAUUUUCGUCGCGCUGCGCUGUUUUCUUCGUCGCCAUCUUGAAUUCGUACGAGUAAACCGCUGUUCUUAAUGUUUGUUGUCACACUGACCCUAUUGUAGCACGGAAAGUGGCGAGAAGAUACGAAAAUCUUCGUUUGAACUCGUUGAGUGACGUGCUCUCAAUAUGGCGUCGUAAACAAUGUUUUAGCCAUAGCAACCUGUUAAUUUGCAUAAUAGAUCAUAAAACUGCGGCCUUAUCUGUCAUCGACCUUACAAGGAUAAUAUAUCUGAUGUGUCUCUAGGGGGCUUUUUACAGCCAUAGAAAUGAUUUAGAAAAAUCAAAACAAUCGUACUUAAUUUGGGGAAGCAGAAUGUAAGCGAAUUUUGCUAU